AUGCUAGAUUAGUAGGAUACUUGCUUCCCACUUCCUGCUUGCGCAUGGACGAAACUAAACUUCUCUCUUGUCAGUCCGUUGGCUUUGGGCGCUUUGCGUGUCGUUCUCCGGGUUUUGUUGGAAUGAGUACUCUAGCGCAAGGAAUAAUUUAGAAAUUUUGUUGUCCGCGCGCUCGCCUAGCUCUCCCUCUUCUCUGCUCGUCUCCGCAAGUGCGCUAACGUUAGCGACGGACAGUGGCCGUGGCUGGUGGUGGUCGUGGCGCUACGAGGCAGCUCACAUCUCUAGCACAAUUUUGUGCACACAGCUAAGGCGGACGGAGACGGCCCAAGCUCUCCCAGUGAUCAGAUCUAGUGACUACACACACACGCGCGCACGUGUACACGCAGGGGCAUUGUCAGCGCUGCGGUCAGUUCAACAUGCCUGAGAUCUCCAGUAUCGUCCACCUGGUUAUUGCCAUACUGGCAACUCUGUUCGCUAUCAUCGUAGUCGGAGUGACCAACGAUCGUCUGAUAAGCCCCUUUUUCGGGUCACUCACAGACGUGUGCUAUUUAGGAAGUCCACGGCCCCUUGCUUUCCCUUCAAGCCGCGGUUGUGACACAGCAGUUGGUAUUGGAGCUGUUGGACUGAUUGCUGGAUUCAUUGUGAUAGCAAUGGCCGUGGUGGAACUCGUCGGGGUCACCGUGCUAGCUUUCCUCAACUCUAAACCUGUCAAUUUAGUCAGGGCCGUUGCCUGCGGUGUGCUGGCCUUCCUCUUCCUCGUAGCCUUUGGAGUUGUUGUGGACGACUUCAAUAGCAACUCCUUGGCAAAGGCUAAUGCCGAAGGUCGCAAGAGUGAUGGUGAAGCAGUCGCUGCUUUUUGUUUCUUCUCCAUUGCUGCCUGGACGGCACUGGUUGUCAUGUAUGUCAUCCGGGUCAUCAAAGGAACUUCCUCUUCCUCUUCAGCACCCUCAGCCAGUGUUGCCUGAUGGUCAACCAAUGUCACAUGAUCUUUUCUGGAUUGCCAUGACAUCAUGUUGAGGCAGGCUCUGAUGUCAUGGCGAUGUCAUGUUGAGUCCUUGUGAUACUGUGGGCCGCUGCUAGCUGUUUAGGAUGGCCAUCAUGACGGUGGUGACGGGACCACAGUUGACGCUGCUGCUCUUUUUAUUGCUGCUGUUGUUGCGCUUGAACGUGUGUAUUUGUAUGUACAUGUGUACGCGUAUGUGAACGUUUACACGGACAUGUGUAUGUGUGUAUGUGUACAUGUAUGUGCACGUGUAACGUCCUGCUCAGUGAAAUCCAGUCACGUCACGUCACUACGUACGCGCCGGGCGUUGCGCGGCACUAGACCUGAGAACACUGGGCUGCGAAAUGAUGCAAGGUUCAAACUACCUUGAGUGGCAUGACUGCUGGAUUCCAUUGAGUAGCACUAUACAUGUACAUGGGUAUGUGUGUGUGUGUGUGUGUGUGUGUGUGUGUGUGUGUGUGUAUGUGUGUAUGUGUGUGUGUGUGUGUGUGUGUGUGUGUGUGUGUGUUGGAUGUGUGUGUGUAUGUGUAUGUGGAUGUGUGUGUGUGUAUGUGUAUGUGAUGUGUGUAUGUGUAUGUGUAUGUGUAUGUGUGUGUAUGUGUAUGUGUAUUGUUAUGCAUGCGUACGUGAUCUCACUCGGCAAACCUUGCUCUGCCAUACACUCUGUGUAAAAUACUAGUACUACAUCAUCAGUAUACUACAGAACAAUCAUAUUAUUGAACUAGUAUUCACUACCACUACCACUAGCCAACAUACUGUGCUGUGUGUGACUGGCAAGGGGCCUGUCCAUACAUUCUACUCUAUGUCACUCUUUAGCCUGUCCAUACACACUCACUCUUAGCCUGUCCAUGCACACUCACUCUUAGCCUGUCCAUGCACACUCACUCUUAGCCUGUCCAUACACACUCACUCUUAGCCUGUCCAUACACACUCACUCUUAGCCUGUCCAUGCACACUCACUCUUAGCCUGUCCAUGUACUCUUCUCCAAGGGCGCGUUCGAAUUGUAUUCAUCAACUGUUCAAACACAUUUUAUAAAGAGAUUAGGCCAUCA